CAGUGAGUGGCGUGGAGCUGUGUCGCUCGAGAAGUGUCGAAAUGCUCUUCUAGCGGAUGUGUUUCUGUCAGUGUGUCAUGCUCUUCUUCAGAUAUGGACACCACUCCGCCUGCAGACACCCUCUCAGGAGUCAUCAACGCCUGGAAUGAGAUGAUCCUAUCUGAGGAUGAGUCGAUGCGGGAGAGACUCUGUGACCUAGAAAAGAAAGUAUUGUCUCAAGGUGAAGAAUUAGCAUGUCUACGUUCCACAUUAGCUGAUGUUCUCCGAAGGAUAGCUGCUUUAGAAAUAGCCAAACCUCAGGCUAACCACCGACCCAGUCCGGGAAACAGUCCACGAGAAAACACAGGGCUGAGGUACCGCAAUGCUAGGGAUACACCAAAUGGAAGAGAACCUGUCAGAAGAGUUCAAAGUUCUACACCAACAUCACUACCUCAUAGGAGAGGUGUACAUUACCAAUCCACUGGGUCUCUUCACUCAGACUCUCCUAGCUCCAGUUCUGUUUCACCACCACAAACUCCUCUGAUGCGGCAGAGUCCAACUAACCCUGCGCCUCGCACUAUUCCUACUCCAACUAACCUUAAUAAACGCUGGUCCUCGACUGGUGACUUCAGUAACCAGCAUCAAACAUCUGGUGGUAUGGUACCUGCACAUAGUUCCUCCAGGCUUUCUGCUAAGUCACUGUUUAAUUUACAUAUGAAAGGGCACACACAGAAUAAUCACCAUCAUGUUAAACACGGGUGUGUAGAGUACAAUGAGGAGGAGGGUAGCCUGCGGAUGUACCUCCGUGGCCGGCCGGUAGUACUGUAUGCUCCAUCAAACUUAGUCGAUACCUAUGAUGUUGCAAAAGUUGCAGCACCACCCCAACAGAGGCUAAAGCUGGAAUGGGCUUAUGGAUACCGUGGAAAAGAUUGCCGAAAUAAUCUAUAUUUACUUCCAACUGGUGAAAUGGUAUAUUUUGUAGCAGCUGUUGUAGUCCUUUAUAAUGUUGAAGAACAAACUCAAAGGCAUUAUUUGGGACACAAUGACGACGUAAAGUGCUUGGCUGUACACCCUAACCGAAUGACACUGGCUAGCGGUCAAGCCUGUGGUCACGAUGGAAGGGCCCAUAUCAGGGUGUGGGACUCUGUCAGUCUAUCCACUAUUGCUGUGGUUGGUCUGGGGGAAAUUAAUGCUUCAGUAGCCUGUCUCACAUUCUCUAAAACAGAUGGUGGUACAUACCUUUGUGCAAUUGAUGAUGCCAAUGAGCACAAUAUUUCAAUCUGGGACUGGCAAAGAAGUGAUAAAGGUGUGAAAAUCACAGAAACUAAGUGUUCUGUAGAUACCGUGGUUGGUUGUGAGUGGCAUCCCCUGGAUAAAGGAAGCAUCGUGACUUGUGGCAAAGGUCACAUCUCCUUUUGGUCUCUUGACCAAAGUGGUGCACUCUAUAAGCGUCUUGGAGUCUUUGCUAGUCGAGAGAAGCCAAAAUAUGUUACCUGUCUUGCCUUUACUCACACUGGUGAUGUCCUUUCUGGUGAUUCAAAUGGCAACAUCAUCAUUUGGGGACGAGGCACAAAUUCCAUAGCAAAGAUGGUGUUAAAGAUCCACGAUGGUCCUAUUUUCUGUCUUUGCGUUUUAAAAGAUGGAAGUAUUGUCUCUGGAGGGGGUAAAGAUGGAGUUAUUAAGCAAUUAGAUAACAAUCUGGAACCAACCGGAUAUGAAACAAGGAUUGCUGGGCACUUGGGAGGUGUUAGGACAGUCGCUCAAGGAAGAGGACCACAACUACUGGUUGGAUCUACCAAGAACUGUAUCUUGUCAGGAUCAUUUGAUCUUGGGUUCUCCGAUGUUGUGCUCGGACAUACUUCUGAAGUGUGGGCUUUAGCGGCCCAUCCUUCAUUGCAACAAUUUGUCACUGCAGGAUGGGACUCUAUACUCCAGCUUUGGGAUAGUAUGUCUCGCACUGUGGUCUGGAGCAAAGAUAUUGGGGAAGAGGGCCAAAGUGCUUGUUUUUCACCUGAUGGUCAAUCUAUUGUUGUUGGCUGCUCAACUGGUAAAUGGCUCCAUGUCGAUGCUGAUAGCAGAGAAAUUCUAACUUCACACACUGAUGGAUCAGAACCAAUACAGGUUGUUAGCUUUUCUCCUAACUGCGAAAUGUUGGCUCUUGGUUCCCGUGACAACAAUAUUUACAUUUACCAGCUAGGAACUUCUGCUGGAAAAUAUAGUCGAAUAGGUCGAUGCACAACGGAGAAACGGAAGAGGAAAACAACACCAACCUUGAUCUCCCUAUUGGGUCAUUCUAGCUUCAUUACUCACUUAGAUUGGUCUAUGGAUAGUCAGUACUUGCGAUCGAAUUCAGGCGACUAUGAAGUCUUAUAUUGGAGCCCAAGUGUUUGCCGGCAGAUCACACAACCUUCCAAGAUGCGUGAUGUGGAAUGGGCUUCACAAACGUGCACACUCUCUUUCACGUCUAUCGGUGCCUGGCCCGAAGGUGCAGAUGGCACUGAUGUCAAUGCAUCCGCUGCUGCUGGUGGUCUUCUAGCUACAGGAGACGAUUGGGGGAAAGUAAAGCUCUACAGCUGGCCAACUAUUCAGCCGAAGUCGGUAUGUCACAAUUAUGGAGGGCACAGCUCUCACGUGACUAAUGUUACCUUUCUGGCUGAUGAGAGCAGGCUCAUCAGUGCUGGUGGUCGAGACACUUCUGUUCUCCAAUGGAGAAUCGUCUAACUGCAUAUUAUUAAUGUUAUCAUUUUAGAAUGUUAUGGAUCUGGUAGGCAGAAAAGGCGAUAAUUAUAAGUCAAUAGAUUUAUUUCUUUUUCCAUUAAUAAUUUGUGAACUCCAUAAGCAGAGCAGAGGAGAAUAUUAGUUCGUUGAAAUUAGGCAAUGAUUAAAUUAACAAUUAUGUAUUUAAUUAUAUUUCAGUUAUCUUGCACAGCUUCUUUGUUCUUGUUAAAAUUAAAAGCAACAAAAAAAUCUUCAUAAGUUUUUGUUGCUUUUAAGAAUCUGUUUUGCUAUCUUUGGAUGGACCUACAUAUUAUUAUUUUUUUUUUAAAUUGAUUAUAAAAUGGAAGAACUUUAAACCCUGAGGGAUAGCAUUACUCCUUCCAAAAAAUAGUCACUAUUUUGUUUUUAAUUUCUUGAAACAACUUCCAUUUUCUUAGAGAAGCCAUUUCUAAGUCCGUUCCACCAUUGGUUUUGCCAUAUGUCAUAAAAAAAAUUAUUCUAUUUUUGGAGUAAUGUUGCUCCCCAAAGUAUUAAGUUCUCGUAUUUUAUAGUAAAUCUAAUUUAUUUUUUAAAUAAUAAAUUAACAUAUUAAUGCAAAAUCUGUAAAGUGUAUCAGUACUUUUUAUAUUAUAUUAUAUUUUUAUAAUACUUGCUGUUACAUGUAUUUUAUCUCAAUAUAUUGCUUGUAUUAAAAUGUUUUUUUAUAAAAAUUAAUAUAUCUCUCCUUGCUUUAUACCAU